GUGCACUGCGAGUGCUGGCUUCAAAAUUAAAUUAAAACACUCCGUAGAGAUUGUAGUGGGAAUUUGAAUUUGAAUAGCUCUUCUUCAAAAUACUCCUUUGAUCGUUUACUACUCCUACUCGACUACUCGUAAAUGUUUUCUUCUUGAUUCAAAUUCCAAAGAACCCCUUCUCUUCCUUCUUCGAGGCUGCUUCUAUCUCUUCUAAGGUAAUUGUUAUUGAGGCCGGGAGUGAUUUGUUACGGUAAAAUCUGUAAUAGUGUAAUGGAUAAGCUACAAGAAGCAGGAAAAAAGCAGAUAUGUAUAACCGAGAAUCGUUUGAAGUUGGUUGAAAGAGAGAAAGACGAACCUUUGAAGAUGCUGAAUGAGUCCAUGAAGCUUAUCCUUGACAAGUCCCAGCAAGAGGUCCAUGGACUAAAAUCCCAACUUGAAUUUCUUCAGCUUGUUAAUCAGAAUAAUAUGUCAAUAGAUGAGCUUGAUGAGGCGUUUGAGAAGCAGCUUUCUGUUGCUGAGAACCAUUGGGAGUCAUUAAAGGAUAAAAAGGUCUACAUUGAAGGAGCUUUAGAGAACAUAAUCAAGCUCUAUGAUCGUGUAUCCAAGAACAUGAAAGGAGAAAUUGAAGCACUGAGUUCGUACUCUCAGUUUGUUAUUACUGGGGAUCAAAUCGUUACAAAGGAAUUGUUGGCAAGAGCGGCUCUUAUUGACAACAAAAUCCAACUUCAAAAAAUUGUUGAUCUAAACGUUAGCCUAAGUGAAGUGCAAAAGGAUAAAGAAGUACUAGUUACUAUGAAGGAGAAAUUAGAAGAAGAUUUGAAGGAGAAAAACAGGUUGGAAGCAAUCUUGCUUGAUUCCAUGAGAAAGUUGGAAGUAGGAAAUGUGCCAUCAGAAGUUGAUGUACAAAACAAGGUCAAAAUAGAUCCUAUUGAUGAUCAAGAUAUGGUGCAUGAUACCAAGACUAAGGGGAGCGAUGAUGAUUGCCUACAAGGUCCAGUACAGUCAGUAGUCACAAUAAUACAAAUUGAUGAUGAUUCUAGCACUGAAACUUCAGCUUCAUGUUACACUGGAAGCGAAGCAGAGGUUUCAUCUGGGGUCAGCAUAACACAGUAUGAUGUUAUGCAGGGGAAAGGUACUAGGAAACAACCUCGUCAACUACGUACGAGGUGCAAUCAGAAACAACUCAGUAAUUUUCUUUCCAAUUUGACUGCUGAAAAGAGAAGAGUGUUGGAAAAUUCAAUUUUCAAGCCCUUUUUGUCUAUUCCUCCACGUAGUAUUUGCCUCACUCUCUUGAUUACUUUUGUUGAAAGAUAUGAUGUCAAAAUGGAUGCGUUUACCAUUGGUAAACAUGCCAUGAGAUUUUGUGGCAAAGAAGUUGAGGAGUGUUUAGGCCUCCCUUAUAAGGGAAAACUAGUGGAUUUCACAACUAGGGUUAAGAGAACGCCAGAAGUUUUUGACCGUUGUUUUGGGGUGAAGGGAAAGAUGACCAAAGAUGAUCUGUUAGAUAAACUGAAGUGCAUGCACGUGAACAAGGGUAACGCUGAUGACUUCUUCAGGUUAUCAGUUUACUUAAUGUUCAGCCUGUAUUUCUUCAGCACAAACGAUGCUUAUGUGUCGUAUUGGCCUGUGAGGUACUUGGAGAACUUGGAACUCUUUAAGUCUUUCAAUUGGGCGCGUGCUAUCUACGAGUACUUGAGGGAGUCGGUAAGGAAAACGUCAAAUGAACUUUCCGAGGAGGUGACCACUUUCAUCUCAGUUAAGGGUUGUCUUCCCCUCUUAGAGACAUUGAUCUAUGAACGCAUAGGGAGUCAUUACUUGAAGGUGGAUAUUGAUCACAGUAAAAUAUCCCAUCCUUAUAUCAUCAAGUACAUUAAAGGUUACUCUAGGAACCCAUGUACAAUAAGGAGGGUGCUAGCAAAAGUGAAGUUUGAGAAGAUCAAAGAGUGUGAAGAUUGUUCUAAAGAAGAAGGCACUUCUCUAGAAAGCGCGGAUACUAGUGGAUCCACGUCGUUUUUGUCUUUGAGAUAAUGGUAAUCCAUCAUGGUAAGCUGUUUAUGUGCAGGUGUUACGAUUAGCAAGUAAAUAUUUAUAAUUUUCUCUAAUGGUAUCGUCAACGUCUCAAAAUCUCAAAUGGUAUGUAGUAAUGUACUGUGUAGUGCUAAUUUAUGGACAUAAGUGAACUAGGGAAAAGUUUUGCUGAUCAAUUUUUUGUCAGAACAGCAAAACUAGUUUAACUAACUGAUUAUGAUCAAUUUAGCUGAUCAAUUCAUUACUUGAAGCUGUAAGUUGUAUUUAUAUGAUUUAAGCACCAAUCAUUGCUGAUAAUUAUGUGUAAUUUUGUGCUGGUAAACUUAUUGAGAUUAAUACUUUACAGUCGUCAUUCGGAAAAAUAUCACUGAGGUAGUGAUGAGUUGAGGUUAUGCUUUUAAAUAGGUUAAUUGCUUCUUUUCGGUUAUUGUUAAUGUUCAAGUAUUACGGCUGAGUUGAAAACAUGUUCUGUUUUUGUCAUUGAUUUUGAGCAAGUGAGAAUGCAAUGUAUUCCUUUUUCUGCAAUUAUUGUUAGAAUAAUGCCUUGAAUCAGUUAUGCCUCUUACUACAAAGCCCCAUCACGGGGAUCUUGCUUGCUCAAAAUCAAUGACAAAAAAUAUUAGUUAUUCUGGAUUAGGGUUAUCUGUUUUGGUGUCCUAUUUUCUGGAUUUUUCUGCAUCUGUCUACUAUAUAAACUUUGUAGGUCAUAAUCUAGUUGUAUUCUGUAAUUUGUACUCUUCAAGAUCAAUAAAAAAUUUCUUCACUCUGCACGUGGACGUAGCUAAUACAUUGUCAUUGAACCACGUUAAAUCUCUGCGUUCUUUAUUUACGUUAUUUAAUCUUUUUUGCUUCCGUUAAAACAAUUAUCCUGUAAA